CACAAUUACUAUUAUAUAUAAUAAUCAGUAAUCAAUUGCAGCUGGUUCCAUCCAAUAUUUCGCGAUUAUCUAUUAACUAUCUUAAUUUAAUCAAGAAGAGCAGUGCAGAAGGUAAUAAUGUGCGGUGGUGCAAUUCUGUCCGGCCUCAUUCCCCGCCGUGUCGGUGGCGGUGGCGGUGGCGAAGACUUCUGGCCAACCGCCACUCCUGCAGGACAAGAAGAAGAAGAAGAAGAAGUUAAGUGUGGCGUAAGUGUUAGUAAUAAGACGACGACGAAGAAGAAGAAAGGGGUUCGGAAAAACCAGUACAGAGGAAUACGGCGGCGGCCCUGGGGCAAAUGGGCGGCGGAGAUCCGGGACCCCAGAAAGGGCCUCCGCGUCUGGCUCGGGACCUACAACACCGCCGAGGAAGCUGCCCGCGCUUACGACGCCGAAGCUCUCCUCAUCAGAGGCUCAAAGGCCAAGCUCAAUUUCCCAUCCCCCAAUCCCAGAAAUAAUAAUAAUAAUAAUCGUAAUCACGCUGCCGGAGCCGGAGUCAGAGCUGCCGGCGACCGUAAAUCCAACGGAAUCAAUGGCGAUAACUGCGGCAAGGCGGCGGCGGAGAAAGAGAAAGAGGAUCAAGUGCAGAAGCUGUCGGAGGAGCUGAUGGCGUAUGAAAACUACAUGAAGUUCUAUGAGAUACCUUACCUCGACGGCCACUCGCCGGAUCAGGAUCAGGAGACCAAUCCGCCGCCGGAGACGAUGACGAUGAUGCAGCUCUGGAACUUCGAUGAGGGCUAACCUAACCUAACCACGGCCGUACCUAUCGAUCGAAGAACUUAAUUAUAAUUAAUUAAAUAAUUAUUUCAUUGUAUUGUUUUUCCUACCUCCAAUUAUUUGUUUUCUUUCUUUUUCCCUUUGUUUGUUGUGUAAUUUAAUUUCAUUUUAAUAUUCUUAUUUUGUCCAAAUAAUGUUAUGCAUACAUUCUUUUCA